GCAUUUUUUUGCCAAAUUGUGAAGUGUUGUAAAGUAAAUGCCGCUUCCCAUUUAACAUAUUUUUGUUAUCAAUUAAAUGUAAACUAAUUAAAAUUUAAUUUACUGUAAAUUUACAUAUCGAUAUAAGAUGGUUAGACACAGAAAAGUUGGCAAUUCGCAAAAUAAACAUGGGAAUAAUAACGAUACAAGUAAAAAUUCGGAAAGCGCUGCAAACUCAAGUUGGUUUCGUUUAUCAUCAUUUUGGAAGACUGCUAUAGGAUGCCCAUGCCUUGCUUUCGCGAUUUAUGUUGGUGUUCUAGGUUAUUUAGAAACCCGCGUAAAUACGCCUCUUGUUGGGGAAAAGGCAGUUUUAGAAUCUGGUUUAGAAGUACCAGACAGAUAUUGGGGUACAUAUAGACCAGGGGUAUACUUUGGUCUUAAAAGUAGAGAGCCCCGUUCACCAGUGUUUGGUUUGAUGUGGUAUGAAAUAGGUGAUACACACAAAGGAAUAAGACAUUGGUGUGAUCAAAAUGAUCUUUUAAUGUCAUAUGGCUGGAUGAGACAUGACGGGGUGUCAUUUGGUGAGCAAAUAAUAUUGGAUACACCACUUAAAAUUUCCACUUCGUUUAUCAAGACCCCAGGUGGGGAGCAUGGAGGACAUUGGACAGCUAGGAUUAAUGUUACGUCAAAUGACAACAAGAAGAGAGUCCUAGGUUUAGUCUGGUAUGGAGCAUUGGAUGAGUCUUUGGGACCUGCGGCACCAACUUCUCGACUUUGGAUGGAGGGUGGAUCUAUGCUUGGUCAUACUCCGCAGUUGCAUAACUUUAGAUUGAAUUUUGUACAUGAAGGUAAACUCCACCAUACAUCAUAUUCAGAAGCAAUAGCACCAGGGCUGCAUGUUUUAAAGGAGAAGUUUUAUUCAUUACUGAAGCCUAGUAAAGAUAAGUACAGAUCAAUUCCACAGAUGCCAAUAUUGCAACCGGACAAUAAAGUCAACGAUCAGGACUCUAACGCGAAUUUCGUUCCUGUUCAAAUGAUAGUAGAAACUCCAUUUUUAUUGGACGUAGUAUACAGUACAGAAGAUCUGCCUACACCACCACUGAAAGGGGAUGAAUAUACGAGAGAAUUGGAAAUCAAGAGGUUCUUAUUUGACGAGGAAUUUGAAAGAAAAUUCAAACUGGAUAAGAAGUACUCAGACCUGGACGUGGUUGUAGCUAAAGCGGCACUAUCCAAUAUGAUUGGUGGAAUCGGAUAUUUCUAUGGGGCGGGCAGAGUGCAAUCUCCUCAUACCAGUGAGCCGGUGCCCUACUGGAGGGCGCCGUUGUAUACCGCAGUACCAAGCAGGUCGUUCUUCCCUCGAGGCUUUUUAUGGGACGAGGGAUUUCAUGGUCUCCUAGUAGGUCGCUGGUCUCCUGAGAUACAGAUGGACAUCGCGGCUCACUGGUUGGACCUAAUUAAUGUUGAAGGAUGGAUACCACGGGAACAAAUACUGGGUGUAGAAGCAAUCGCCCGCGUACCCAAAGAGUUUGUAGUGCAGAGCAACGCGGCCGCCAACCCGCCUAUGCUGCUAGUACAGCUGGCGCAUCUGGUGCGCAGCAACCCGCAACUGUUUGAACCCGGACAGAAGCUGCGCGGGACAUUAGACCGAAUGUUCCCUAGACUACAGGCAUGGUACCAAUGGUUCCAAAGCACACAGAAAGGGGAUGAAAACACCUCGUACCGAUGGAGGGGGAGAGAAGAUGAUGGCGUCCAACUUAACCCUAAAACUUUAACUUCGGGACUCGAUGAUUAUCCUAGGGCAUCACACCCAUCAGGUAUUGAACGACACGUUGACCUCCGUUGUUGGAUGUACGCGGCCGCCGAUGCUAUGGCGACCAUCGCCUAUCACCUGCACAGAGAUACCACCAAAUUCGAAGCUACAAGAGACCUGCUGGGCGAUGAGGAACUUCUGAAUGAACUCCACUGGUCUCCGCGCACGCAGACGUAUGCUGAUUAUGGUCUUCACACAGACGGUGUGAGGUUAAUCCGGCAACCAGCUAAACCCCCCAAUGAGCCCUCAAGGGUGGUCCGGAGUGUGUCAGUACCACCUAAACCCAAAUUAGUCACUUCAGCCUUCGGUUAUGUGUCUCUGUUCCCAAUGUUGCUGAUGGUGUUAAAACCGGAGAGUCCUAAAUUGGGGAAGAUUCUGGAAGACCUAGACAAGCCUGAACUGCUCUGGUCUCCAUAUGGACUUAGGUCUUUAUCAAAAUCAUCGCCGCUGUAUAUGAAAAUGAAUACAGAACACGACCCACCGUACUGGCGAGGUCAAGUUUGGCUCAACAUCAACUAUUUAGCAUUACGUGCGCUGAAAUACUACUCAAGCGCAGGUCCAUACGCUCAGCGCGCUUCAGAUCUUCACUACCGACUGAGAGAUAAUGUCGUCCAAAACGUGUUAUCGGAAUACAAACGUAAUGGUUAUCUAUGGGAGCAAUACUCCGGAGAAGACGGCAUAGGUUCCGGAUGCAAGCCGUUCACAGGAUGGACUGCGCUCGUCGUACUUAUGAUGGCUGACGAGUAUUAGACACUGCCUUGUUAUGAUAUCCUGGUACAUAAAAUCGAUACUGCCUCACAAAGACAGAUUAUAAUCUGACUAGGCAUAUUGUGAAUUAGUAUGUGAAAAUUAUCAGCAAGAUAUCAUGUACACGGGUAAUAUAGUUUUUCUAAAUAAGGGUGAUUAGUUUGACAAUUUCGUAGGGAUGGGUUGUGUAAAAUCAGAUGUGAAUCUAUUCGAUUUUCGAUUUUACUCUCAUAGAAGUUGGAAUCGAUUAAUUCAUAAUUAUACCUUAUGUAAUAAAAUAAAAAACACAUCAUUAAUGACUACAGAACAAACAGAAAAUAAGAGUUAAUAACUACUACAGUUGUACAUAAUCGAAUUGGAUUUCGCUAAUAUUAUUGUCAUCGCUAAAUUCUCUACACUAUAAUUAAUACUAGAAUUGUCCU